GAUUGAAACCCUUCAUAUGAAAUUGACAGAGCCACACUGAGUUGGACAUGAGUUAGUGUUCCCAUGGUAGAUAUUGAGUGAAUGAGUGCACAGUUCAGGGUAGAGAAUCUGUUUGUCCCUGUCUCAGGUGAGAACGUCCCUGAGGAGGAGCAGCUGAGUGCUAAGGAGCAGAAGCACCUGGAGCCGUGUGACAACACUCCCAUCAUAGAUAACAUGGCUCCAGCUAACGGCCUGGUCCUGGUCUCCACCGAGGAGAAGAGCAAGUACGAGGAGGACAUCAGCAAUCUGUACAAACAACUGGACGACAAGGAUGAUGAGAUCAACCAGCAGAGCCAGCUGGCUGAGAAACUCAAGGAACAGAUGUUAGACCAGGAUGAGCUGCUGGUGUCGACGAGAAGGGACUAUGAGAAGAUCCAUGAGGAUCUGUCUCGUCUGCAGACAGAGAACGAGGCUGCCAAGGAGGAGGUGAAGGAGGUGCUGCAGGCGUUGGAGGAGCUGGCUGUGAACUACGACCAGAAGAGCCAGGAGGUGGAGGACAGGAGCCAGGCCAACCAACAGCUGCAGGAGGAGCUGCAGCAGAGGACUACGGUCCUGUUGUCAGUUCAGAGGGAGCUGACCACGCUCCAGGAGCUCAGUGGACACCAGAAGAAGAGAGCUGCAGAGAUCCUCCACCUGCUGCUCAGAGACCUCAGUGAGAUAGGAGCCACUAUGGGUACCAGCGACAUCAAGGUGAUGGCUGAAGGGAACGGUAACGGUGGAGUGAUUGAGGAAGAGUUCACCAUGACCCGUCUCUUCAUCAGUAAGAUGAGGUCAGAGGUCAAGUCUCUGGUGAACCGCUCCAAGCAGCUGGAAAGCUCCCAGAGUGACACCUCAUGCAAGAUGGCCGCCAACGAGAAGGAGCUGGCUUCCUGUCAGCUGCUCAUCUCCCAGCACCAAGCCAAGAUCAAGUCCCUGACAGACUACAUGCAGAACAUGGAACAGAAGAAGAGACAGCUGGAGGAGAGUCAGGACGCUCUGACUGAGGAGCUGGCCAAGAUGCACGCUCAGGAGAAAAUGCACGAGGUGUCAGUGGUGGACACGGAGAAGGAGCACAUCAGUAGACUGGAGGGUGAAGAGGAGAUUAAGAAGACUCUAGAACAGCAGAUGGAGGCUCACAGAGAGGCCCACCAGAAGCAGCUGGCCCGACUCAGGGACGAGAUCGAUGACAAACAGAGGACGCUGGAUGAACUCACAGAUCUGAACCAGGGCCUGAUGCUGGAGCAGAGGAGGCUGAUGUCUGACCAUGAGAAGCUGAAGGUGGAGGAACAGGAGAAGGACAUGAAGCUCCAGAAGCUGGUCAUCUUCAACGAGCAGAGGGAGCAGGCCAGACAGGACCUGAAGGGAUUGGAGGAGACUGUGGCCAAAGAGCUGCAGACUCUUCAUAACCUACGCAGGAUCUUUGUUCAAGACCUCACAACACGCGUCAAGAAGAGUGCAGAGCUGGACUGUGAGGAUGGAGUGGGCAGCGCCGCCCAGAAACAGAAGAUCUCCUUCCUGGAGAACAACCUGGAGCAACUCACUAAAGUCCACAAGCAGGUACUGCACUGGGACAUUAUUAAGCAGGUACUGUACUGUGACAUUAUUAAGCAGGUACUGCACUGGGACAUUAUUAAGCAGGUACUGCACUGGGACAUUAUUAAGCAGGUAGUGCACUGGGACAUUAUUAAGCAGGUAGUGCACUGGGAUAUUAUUAAGCAGGUACUGUACUGGGACAUAAUUAAGCAGGUACUGCACUGGGACAUUAUUAAGCAGGUACUGUACUGUGACAUUAUUAAGCAGGUACUGCACUGGGACAUUAUUAAGCAGGUACUGUACUGUGACAUUAUUAAGCAGGUACUGCACUGGGACAUUAUUAAGCAGGUACUGCACUGGGACAUUAUUAAGCAGGUACUGCACUGGGACAUUAUUAAGCAGGUACUGCACUGGGAUAUUAUUAAGCAGGUACUGUACUGGGACAUAAUUAAGCAGGUACUGUACUGGGAUAUUAUUAAGCAGGUACUGCACUGGGACAUUAUUAAGCAGGUACUGCACUGGGAUAUUAUUAAGCAGGUACUGUACUGGGACAUAAUUAAGCAGGUACUGUACUGGGAUAUUAUUAAGCAGGUACUGUACUGGGACAUAAUUAAGCAGGUACUGUACUGGGACAUAAUUAAGCAGGUACUGUACUGGGACAUAAUUAAGCAGGUACUGUACUGGGAUAUUAUUAAGCAGGUACUGUACUGGGACAUUAUUAAGCAGGUACUGCACUGGGAUAUUAUUAAGCAGGUACUGUACUGGGACAUAAUUAAGCAGGUACUGUACUGGGACAUAAUUAAGCAGGUACUGUACUGGGAUAUUAUUAAGCAGGUACUAUACUGGGACAUUAUUAAGCAGGUACUGCACUGGGACAUUAUUAAGCAGGUACUGCACUGGGAUAUUAUUAAGCAGGUACUGUACUGGGACAUAAUUAAGCAGGUACUGUACUGGGACAUAAUUAAGCAGGUACUGUACUGGGAUAUUAUUAAGCAGGUACUGUACUGGGACAUAAUUAAGCAGGUACUGUACUGGGAUAUUAUUAAGCAGGUACUGUACUGGGACAUAAUUAAGCAGGUACUGUACUGGGACAUAAUUAAGCAGGUACUGUACUGGGAUAUUAUUAAGCAGGUACUGUACUGGGACAUUAUUAAGCAGGUACUGCACUGGGAUAUUAUUAAGCAGGUACUGUACUGGGACAUAAUUAAGCAGGUACUGUACUGGGACAUAAUUAAGCAGGUACUGUACUGGGACAUUAUUAAGCAGGUACUGUACUGGGACAUUAUUAAGCAGGUACUGUACUGGGACAUUAUUAAGCAGGUACUGUACUGGGAUAUUAUUAAGCAGGUACUGUACUGGGACAUAAUUAAGCAGGUACUGUACUGGGACAUUAUUAAGCAGGUACUGUACUGGGAUAUUAUUAAGCAGGUACUGUACUGGGACAUUAUUAAGCAGGUACUGUACUGGGACAUAAUUAAGCAGGUACUGUACUGGGAUAUUAUUAAGCAGGUACUGUACUGGGAUAUUAUUAAGCAGGUACUGUACUGGGACAUUAUUAAGCAGGUACUGUACUGGGAUAUUAUUAAGCAGGUACUGUACUGGGACAUAAUUAGGCAGGUACUGUACUGGGAUAUUAUUAAGCAGGUACUGUACUGGGACAUAAUUAAGCAGGUACUGUACUGGGACAUAAUUAAGCAGGUACUGUACUGGGACAUAAUUAAGCAGGUACUGUACUGGGAUAUUAUUAAGCAGGUACUGUACUGGGACAUUAUUAAGCAGGUACUGCACUGGGAUAUUAUUAAGCAGGUACUGUACUGGGACAUAAUUAAGCAGGUACUGUACUGGGACAUAAUUAAGCAGGUACUGUACUGGGAUAUUAUUAAGCAGGUACUGUACUGGGAUAUUAUUAAGCAGGUACUGUACUGGGACAUAAUUAAGCAGGUACUGUACUGGGACAUUAUUAAGCAGGUACUGUACUGGGAUAUUAUUAAGCAGGUACUGUACUGGGACAUUAUUAAGCAGGUACUGCACUGGGAUAUAAUUAAGCAGGUACUGUACUGGGAAAUAAUUAAGCAGGUACUGUACUGGGACAUAAUUAAGCAGGUACUGUACUGGGACAUUAUUAAGCAGGUACUGUACUGGGACAUUAUUAAGCAGGUACUGCACUGGGACAUUAUUAAGCAGGUACUGUACUGGGAUAUUAUUAAGCAGGUACUGUACUGGGACAUAAUUAAGCAGGUACUGUACUGGGACAUUAUUAAGCAGGUACUGUACUGGGAUAUUAUUAAGCAGGUACUGUACUGGGACAUUAUUAAGCAGGUACUGUACUGGGACAUAAUUAAGCAGGUACUGUACUGGGAUAUUAUUAAGCAGGUACUGUACUGGGAUAUUAUUAAGCAGGUACUGUACUGGGACAUUAUUAAGCAGGUACUGUACUGGGACAUUAUUAAGCAGGUACUGCACUGGGACAUUAUUAAGCAGGUACUGUACUGGGAUAUUAUUAAGCAGGUACUGUACUGGGACAUAAUUAAGCAGGUACUGUACUGGGAUAUUAUUAAGCAGGUACUGUACUGGGACAUUAUUAAGCAGGUACUGUACUGGGAUAUUAUUAAGCAGGUACUGUACUGGGACAUAAUUAAGCAGGUACUGUACUGGGACAUAAUUAAGCAGGUACUGUACUGGGAUAUUAUUAAGCAGGUACUGUACUGGGACAUAAUUAAGCAGGUACUGUACUGGGACAUAAUUAAGCAGGUACUGUAGUGGGAUAUUAUUAAGCAGGUACUGUACUGGGAUAUUAUUAAGCAGGCACUGUACUGGGUCAUUAUUAAGCAGGUACUGUACUGGGAUAUUAUUAAGCAGGUACUGCACUGGGACAUUAUUAAGCAGGUACUGCACUGGGACAUUAUUAAGCAGGUACUGUACUGGGACAUUAUUAAGCAGGUACUGUACUGGGAUAUUAUUAAGCAGGUACUGUACUGGGACAUUAUUAAGCAGAUACUGUACUGGGACAUCUUUGCAGGUAGAGAAAAUGUAUUGUCUGAUUGUUUGAUUUGUUCAAAUUGAUAAAUACAUUUGAUUGAUGUAUUAACAUUCCUGCCCCCUUCUGGCAGUGUCCAUCCAGUUGGUGCAUGAUAACGCGGACCUGUGCUGCAAGCUUCUUAAGCUGGCCCUCAUAUCUCUGUUUCCCUCCCUGCCUGUCUCCCCCCUUUCCCUCCCUCCCUCCCUCCCUCCCUGCCUGUCUCCCCCCUUUC